GUGUGUGAUCACCGACGGCGCCGCGGGCUGGGGCUACGACCGUCUACCCGGGCGUUGGGUUCGGCACGUCCAGUGCUCCACUCUGGUCAGAUCGUCGCAGCUAUUCCCAGCGUGCGACCAGCUCACCGACGACCAACUCCUCCAAACGCUCGCCGGCUGCGACGCCCCGCUCAUGGGCUGCACCGGCCUGGCGCGGGUGGACGAGGCCGCGCGCUCGGUCGAUAGCAUGUCGCCCAGGCUCGCCAAGGUGCAGCUCGAGACGCGGGGGUUCCUCAGGGAUGGCCUCGAGGCCGGCGCACUCCUCGACACCUGGGGCGCCAACUUCCGCCACCAGUGGGCUGACCGCGGGGUUGAGUUCGAUGUGCGCGUAUGCCCCCGGUUGCACCAGCGACAGUGCGUCCUCCAGGGAGCUGCAGGCGCUGUAGAGGUGGAGAUCGAGUGGGGCCUGUGCCCCUACCGUGGCACGCUGGCCAGGCAGCUGCCGCCAGAUGCGCGCCUCGUGAUGCGCGCAGCGUGCGCCGUCUUCGAAUCCGUCACAACGGCGGCCGACGCUCACGCUCACGACCCUGGCGGCAGCUCCAAUGAACUGCGCUUCGGUGGACUGCCGGCCCGCGCGGCCCAGGAGCUGAACAUCGUGCAGGGCGUGCAGUGCUCUGACUGUGCCGUCGCCGCGCGCGGACGCGGCGGCAUCGUCGCGUGGACUCUGGACGGCGGUUCGGCCUUUCGGCGCCGGCUCCCGCAGGACAGGGGCGCGCUCGUACGGAAGCUACGGUGGGAACUCUCCAUCCAGAUCGUCGCCCCCAGAGAGCGCGGGCUCGACGUGACGGUGCGUGGCACGGCGGAGGAAAGAUGGCGCCUGGAUGCCGCGCUCUCGGCUGGCGGGGACCUGCAGGCGGUGCGCG